CGCAGGAGGGCGGAGCGGGGCUUGUUUGCGAGGCGGGACCGCAAGCCGGGCCUCCGCCCCUCGGCCGAGCCCAGCGCACUGCGACCGGGACCGGGACCGGAGCCCCUCGGCCGGCAGGAUGGCUCUCCACACCCAUCCGGAUGACGCGGAACGUUUUCUGUUCGUGGACCGGGGUUACGUGUCCAGUCCGGCCUCCCAGGCGGACUGGACAGCCAAGCGUCUGGUCUGGGUGCCCUCGGCGAGACACGGCUUCGAGGCGGCCAGCGUGCGGGAGGAGCGGCCGGGCGAGGUGGUGGUGGAGCUGGUGGAGGGCAGCCGCGUCCUGACCGUUGCCCGCGACGACUUGCAGCGCAUGAACCCCCCCAAGUUCGCCAAGGUGGAAGACAUGGCCGAGCUGACCUGCCUGAAUGAAGCUUCUGUGCUGCACAACCUGAAGGACCGCUACUACUCCGGCCUCAUCUACACUUACUCAGGCCUGUUUUGUGUCGUGAUCAACCCCUACAAGAAUCUGCCCAUCUACACAGAGCAAAUAGUCGAGAUGUACAGGGGCAAGAAGAGGCACGAGAUGCCUCCUCACAUCUACGCCAUCUCUGAGACCGCCUAUCGAAGCAUGCUACAAGAUCGAGAAGACCAGUCUAUACUUUGCACGUAAGUACAUGGUUUUAUCUUCAUCUCUCACACAGAGACAGACACGCGCACACACACACACACACGCACAGAGACACUAACACUCACAGACACACUCACACUCACAGACACACUCACACUCACAGACACACUCACACUCACAGACACACACACACUCACAGACACACUCACACUCACAGACACACUCACACUCACAGACACACUCACACUCACAGACAAACACAGUCACAGACACACACAGUCACACACAGACAGACAUAGACAUGCAGACACGCGCACACACACACACACGCACAGAGACACUAACACUCACAGACACACUAACACUCACAGACACACACAGUCACAGACACACACAGUCACAGACACACACAGUCACACACAGACAGACAUAGACAUGCAGACACGCGCGCACACACACAGACACGCGCGCACACACAGAGACACACACACAGACAUUCACACCCUCACACUCACACAACCUCACACACAGACACACUCACACACACACAGACACACAGAGACACACGCACACAGAGACUCGCACACUCACACCACGCGCGCGCACACACUCUCUCUCACUCUCGCUCUCUCGCUCUCUCUCACUCUCUCUCUCACUCUCUCUAUCGCUCUCUCUCUCUCCCUCCCACUCCCACCCACUCUCUCCCACUCUCUCCCACUCUCUCCCA